GGAGGGGAGGGGCGAGAGCAGCGCUUGGGGCGGUUGCCAUGGUAGCUACGGCGCUCCCUCCGCUGCCCGGAGGGGACAGAACGCGUAAGGAGCGCACGGAGCGCGCCGGGUAGCAAAGGAUGCGACGCGCCUUGGCUCCAAGAUGGCAGAGCGAGGGCCGGAGCAGGAGCAGGAGCAGGGCUCGCCGGAGGGGCAGCUACAGCCAGAAAGAGUUCUGAUUACUGAGGGGCAGGAGCAUCCUGAACCACCAGAAUCUGUUGCUGAACCACAAAAGAGAAAACCCCAAAUUCUUGAAGUGGUAUUGUCCAUGGAUGAGACACAAGAACCUAUCAUGGAGGAAGCACCAAAACCUAUCAUAGAGGAAGCACCUGAGCCUAUCGCAGAGAUUGCAGCAGAAUCUGACAUGAGCAAGGCACCAGAAAUUGUCACGGAGGAGACACCAAAACCAACCCGCUCAGCAUUUCUUCCGGUUUCAUCUUUGGAAGGUCUUGGCUCUAUACUCACUCAGCAACAUAAGAGAGGAAUUGUGUUUCCACAUGGUUUGGUCAGAUCGGCAGAAAGCAUCAUGACCCCUGAAGAAUUGGUGCCCCAACAAGUACCGUCUCAGGAAAUGGUGCCUCAACAAAUGGAACCUCCAAUAAUAGAAGAGCAGCCUGCCCCAACAGUUGUCCCUUCUGUGGACUUCUCUGAGGAGAUGCCUGUUGUGUAUCAAGAUCCCUUUGAAGUUUCACUUAGGUACAUGGAGAAGCAUAAUAUUCUGCAGAUAUUUCAGGAGAUCACUGAAAAUCUGGUGUAUGAGAAGCCUGAGAGGCCAUUAGAAUUCAUGUUGAGACAGGUUCAGAAUAUGAUAAGGAAGCAGGCGUCUGAGAGACAUAAAAAUGACAACGAGCCGGUGUAAAAGAUGAAGACCCAAAGGUCAAUGAGCUGUUCUUGGACGCUGCCCUAGGUGGAACAAGUUCCAGUGCUGCCCUCCCACAUGCUCUGUCUAUGCAAAUUCUAUAGAUUUGAAUGCUGUCGGUGGUAGCUGAUUUCUUCCAGUGUGGGUGCUGUGCUGGGUGAUCUAGGAUGAUAGGAAGUACAUAGUUGCACUGGAGUGCAGAAUGUCACAUGCCUUUUAGGAAGCCACCAAGGUACUCGCCAUCCAGUACUAAGGCAGUAAUCCUAAAACACACUGUCAUAGUAAGAGCUGAUCUACAUAUCCUGCAGAAUCAGAUCAUGCUGUCUUUGCUGGAUUGGCCCAUCUCAGAUUGCAAGGGGGGGUACAUUUUGAAUGUGUUCCCAUGGUGGGAGGAAACCCUUUCUGCACAUAGCUAAGGUUUGAGGAAGAAUUCCGCUUUGGUAGUCUUUGCCCUGUGAGACCAGUUCCAUAUGUACAAAUACAAUUUCCCCCCACCAUACAGGAGCUUUCAGGUACAUGAUCCAUCACUUGAAAACCAAAGUAGUACACUCUGGGGAAAAUUGUAUCACCUGAUGCAACUGCAUGUGUAAAUCAACUGGAAUAUUUGUGAAUAAAUAGUCUCAGGGUCAGUAUGCAAGUCUCCCAAUGGUCAAGCAACGUGGUUUUCUCACAUUUAACUUAGUUAGAUAAAAGUAAUUUAAAAAAAAAAUUUUUGGGGGGUGACUAUCUAGUAAUGAUGGUGAUGAGACGACACCUAACUGAAUUGUGAAUUGUAAUAACUUGGGGUGAAGCAUUAAUAAUUUUAAACCAGGCUUAACUAAAUAUGAAUUAAUGUCUAGGUGUUAGAAUGUAUCUAGAAUUCUGCUUGUUAGAAAAAAAAAUAUUUGCAACUUCUGGUUGUAUGGUGCUCUAAAUGAGAGCCCAUUUAUCUAAUUCAAUUUAAUGCUGGCGCACCUCCCCCCCCCCCAAAUUACCUUGGGCACCUAUGCAACUAACCAAGCUUACAAUGCUUUUUCUGAUGUCAGUUGUUGAAAAAACUGAAUUUAAAACUGAUGGAUGCUUGCAGUUGCCUAAUUUGUAAUAUGUCCCCCAUUCUGGAGAUUAAAGAGAGGGCAGUGUCUGUUGAUUCUUUGCAGUAAUUGGGACUCAGAAUUGGUGGUGUGUUGCUAUAGUAGCCAAGAUACCUGUUUUCCUGAAGUGGUCUCUUACGAAUUACAUAAUUGUCUCUCAGUUCUGUAAUUAGCAAGAGCCUAUUGCCCUCCAACCAUUGUUGGCCUCCAUCUCCCAUCAGUCCCAGCCAGCAUGAUCAAGGAUGGAUGGGAGCUGCAUCUGGAUGGCCACAGGAUCCCCACUUCUGCCUAGCUUAAUGUUUGCAUAUUCUGAAUCCAUAGGAAUUCAAGUUAAAUCCAAGGUACUCCAUUUCCUGCUUCUGCUGACGAGAUUCCUGCUUCAGAGAGACCUGUUUAGUUAUUUGCUGAUGGGGGAAAAAGAUUAUUUCCCUAUGUUUUCACAGUGUACAGGAAGCAAACAACAUAUUCAGAUUUAUUUGUUGUUAGCUUUUAGGUCAAGAAUUGAUGGGUUGGUCUUUGCUAAAAAAAAUUAAAGAUUUCUAAGCAAUUUUCAUCUAUGUGCAACUACUGAUCAUGUGCAAAGCAAAGGCUCUGAUUCCAUUUAAUAAAUUUAUUUUGCUCAGUUA